AUGUCUACAGCAGGGAAAAGAAAUGCUUUGGUAUAUUACAGAAUUUUUCCAACGACUGAUACUCAAUGGGAUCUAAUAAAGAUUGAAAAUUCAGCACUUUACAUUAGAAGUACCCGAGAUGUAUUGAAGGAUAAUAAAUAUUCUUCAAAGUAUUGGGAGUAUAAAUGUGAUGGAAUCUUCAAUAAUGAUUCCCAAGAAUUUGUGUAUUCACAGAUUGUAGAAGGACUUCUUGAGAAAAUCAUUGAAGGAUUUAAUGGAAUUAUUCUUGGAUUUGGACAAACGGGUACAGGGAAAUCCUUUACUCUUGGUGGAUUACAGUUUUCAGAGGACGAAUUUGGAGUUGCUCCCAGAGUAAUACUUGACUUAUUUAAGUUCAAAAAUGAACUUCCAAGAAAUAUAAAAAUGAGAAUCCACAUGUCAUAUACUGAGUUUUCAAAAUCAAACGUUAUCGACCUCCUCAAGGAUUUUCCUAAUUUCAUCGAUCCAUGGCAUGUUAAGGAUGCUUCAAAAAUAAAAAUUAAAAAUGAAUAUGAAGCCAUGAAACUUUUAUAUAAAGGAGAAGGACGAAAAACAUUUGUCAGUAACAAUGAAUAUAGGUCACAUGUUGGUAGUAGUGUACUUACAUUUCAUAUCGCAACAGCAAAUCAGGAUUUCACCUGUCCAGAAAAGAUUUCAUCGAGGUUGCAUAUUAUUGACAUGGCCGGUGUAGAUUCAGUGGGUAAUAGUUCAAGUCAGUUUAAAAACCGUUUAGAUGUAGGAAAUGCAAAUAUAAUAAAAUCUUACAUGGAACAGUUUAUUUUAUAUCUGAUGCAAAAUAUUCCAAAGCAUAUUCAAGUUAAAGAGAGAACAAAUCCCUUAAUUUAUUUCCUUGGGAGUGAUUUAAAUAAUGAGUGUAUUUUACGGUUUAUCGGACAUAUCAAAAUUCAAAAAGAUCUUCAAAUCACAUCAUCAACAUUAAGAUUUGGACAAUUGGUUAGAGGUUUGAAGCCGAAAGUAAAAGAAAUAGAGUCAGAAAUAAAUGAGGAUGUUAAAUUUCAGUAUUUGCAAAACAAAAUAGAAAAUUUGCAGAAUGAAAAGAUUUACAAUUCAGUUUUAAUGAAUCAAGAUUUAACAUUAGAUUUAAAUCAAGAUAGAAUUGAACAUAUCCAGGCAACAGUUGAUGCAUACCUUCGUAAUCGUAUUACCGAAUUGAGUAUUUUAAAUAUUGCUGAGGCAUCAGAAGUUUUUAAAAUAUUUAAAGCCAUUUGCAAUGUACCUGAGGAAGAUAAAAGUAAAAAUCAACAAGAGUCUGAUCUUAAAUCUAAACGUGGUUCGAAAACUAGUUCAAAAACUUCACUAAAGAAUAUCAAGUCACUUAGUAAGCGAAUUAAAAGAUCGAAAGAUAGUAUGAUUACUUUGGAAAAGACAAAGCCAGUAGAAUCUAGAGGAUCUAUUCGAACAAAAAGAUCUGUACUUAUAAAUCGAUCACCUUCUGGUUUAGUUGCAUCAGGGAUCUCUGUUUCUCAAUAUGUGAAACGAGUAAGGUCAAAUUCUACUUCUUUGGGAAAACAGUCCUCAGUUAUGAAUAGAAAGUCCACUGCUAAUAUGUCGGUUAAAGACAGGAGGGAAUCUAAGAGAGAUUUAGCUGAGGCUUCGUUGGUACCAGACAAUAUUCCCAGAUUUGAGACGGCCUGGAAUGCAUUCAUUAACGAUGGUAAAUCUACAUACAAAGCUCUUUUUGCCCCAUAUAAAGUUAAUGAAAACGAUAUAAGGAAGGUAUAUAUGAAUUAUCAAAAAGAGAUGAACGGAUUACAAAUUUGUAAAGAAGUUGUGGGCAGGAGAGAAAAUGAAUUGUUAGAAAAAAUGUUUAAAAAAUUCAAUGCUUCAAACGAAUCUGAUCCUGUUAUAACAGACAUUGACAAAAUAUGUCAGGAAAAUCUGAAUCAUGCACGAAUUGAUUUACUGGAACAACAGGAGGUAGUUUUGAAAUCACAGAGCGAACUGAAAAUACUUUUGAAUAAUAGACGACAUUUAAAGCAACUUUUACAAGACGAUUUUGAUCAGUAUUGCAGGGAGAAUUACAACGUUACUAUUCCCAUUUUAGUUGCUGAAGGAGAAGAGGAAGAAGUUAUUUUGGAGGAAGUAGUAAAUGUGGACACUAAAAAAUCAGAUGAAGAUGUCGAGCAAGAGCAGCUUAAGUGUUUAGAGAAAACCUUCGAAAUGAUUAAACUGGAUAAAUUGAAAAAGAUUAUGGAAAGAGAAAUUUGCAAAAAUAAGAAGCUUAGAGAAUUAAAAAAUCGGAAAUGGAAGAAUCUGUAUUAAAGUAUUAGUAUCUAUUGUACCUAUGAGAAUUUAGUAUGAAAUAUAAAUUUGUCAUGUGCCAAUAUGUAACUAUAUGGAACUAAAAAUGAAAAGUAGCUGCCCAUCUGCCCAUCAAAUUUUCUUCUGUAUAUUAAUAACUAAAAUUAAAUUAAUUUUAAUUUUGAUCCUGAAUUUUUUAAGGCUUUUAAGGGAUAUUAAAAAUU